AUGGCCUCAGAAUUGAGAGAAUUGACGGUCUUAGCAGCCCAUGACGGCUACAAAAGUGGGAGAUUCACAGCUCGACAAGUGGUGGAGUACUACCUUGACCGGAUCCAAAGAUUGGACAAAGACCCCAACGGUCCAAACCUGAACAGUAUCCUCGCCGUCUCUACCACCGCCCUCGCGGAAGCAGAUGCCCUGGAUGCACAUCUCAAAAGCACGUCCUCGCUCAAGGGCGGUCUUCACGGUAUACCCGUGGUCAUCAAGGACCAAGCCGACACCAAAGGCCUUACCACGACGUACGGCUCCAUUGUUGCAAAAGACAAUGUCCCAAAGGAAGAUGCCGCUCUCGUGGCGAGGCUGAAAGCAGCUGGAGCCAUCGUUCUCGCAAAGACGACCAUGCCUGACUGGGCGACGUCCUGGCACUCAACAUCCUCUAUAUCCGGAGUGACCAAGAACCCAUACGAUCUGGUACGCGACCCAGGUGGUUCCAGCUCCGGCACUGGCACAGCCGUCGCAGCAGAUCUAGGUCUUCUAGGAGUCGGCGAGGACACUGGGGGCUCGAUCCGCUUACCAUCUUUCUUCUGUGGUCUCGUUGGCCUGCGAUGCACACCGGGUACAAUCAGCCGCUUCGGCUUGUCACCACUGCUCGUACCUCAAGACACUCCAGGCCCUAUGUGCCGCACCGUCACCGACGCCGCCCUGAUGCUCGACGUCCUCGCUGGUUUCGAUGAACGAGACCCGUACACCGCAACGGCAGUAAUCGCCGGCCCGCCGAAGGGAGGAAGUUAUGCAGCCAAUCUCUCCAUGGAAAGGAUCAAGUCAGCACGACUGGGUCUACUCGAGGGCACCCUUGGGCCAGACUCAGACCCAGCUUGCCACUCUGUAAACAAAGUCAUCAACAGCGCGCUGAAGACGCUCCAAGACAACGGCACGACGCUGGUCGACGUCCGCAUCCCAGACCUCGCACAAAUCCUCUCUCUCACAUUCACGUAUCCACAGCGUUCGAGAUCCGAUCUCGAUGCGUGGUUCGCUCGCCACACGUUCCUCAAGACCGACACAAAGGCCAUCUACGGCUCGAAACAAUAUCACCCGGCCCUCGACCUUUUCGAAGACAUCGCACUCGGGCCCGGUACGCCCGAACGUGAUCCUACAUUUACAUCUAGGCUACUUGCGCGCGAUCGGCUUCAGCAGGCCAUUAUCUCGCUCAUGGCUAAAUACGAACUCGAUGCUUUGGCCUUUCCAGACUGCCAGAUCCCCGCGCCAUUGCUAAAAGAUGCCCUCGCUCAACGCUGGCCCGCUGACACAUUCCCCACGAAUACGCUUGUCGCGUCACAAUCGCUCAUGCCUGCUAUUUCUGUGCCUGUUGGGCUAACGCAGGAUCAGACAGCUCCAGGCUUGCCUGUUGGCUUGGAAUUGCUAGGUCUGCCGUACCGAGAGCAGACGUUGCUUGAGCUUGCCUAUGGUGUCGAGCGGAUUGUUGCCGCCCGGCAGCCGCCUCCACUGUAA